ACCAACAAGAGCCCAGGCCUAUUUUUUAGCUAAUGCAAUGGUGUUUUAUGAACAGAGGCAAACUUGAUAUUGUAUUACCGAAGUUUAAUAAAAAGGAAAUCGAACACCACACACUUCUCAGCCAACAACAGACAAAGUGUUGCAGUCAUAAUCGAUAUCUCCAAACAAGACAUGAAUGCAAAACUUGCAUAGGUGAGACAGAAUGUGACCUGAGAAGUCCACGAAAUCAUCAACCUUUUGUCCUGAGUCCACCAGGGACAAAAAUUGGCACCAAGCAAUGAACCAAAUCAGUUAUAUAAGCACGGGGGCAGGUAUUGGCGUCUCACACAGAGCCCAACAGACAGGUUUACAUAUAAACCAUAGCUCCUUUACAAGCCAUAAACAAGAGGCCGCGACUGAUGGAAAGCACUAUGAUAGUUAAGAGUGAGACUAACAUCAAUCCAAGGCUACCUGCUAACACGUUGACUGGAGCAUCGGAAGUGAACCAUGCAAGCAAAGUUAUCAAAAGGAGGCGAAGGGAGACAACUUCCAUGGCCACAAGCAGAACCAAUGGAAGCAACUUGGAUAAGUCCACGGGAAGCACUACAAUUAAAAGGAGUUCCAGAUUCCGUGGAGUUAGCAGGCAUAGAUGGACAGGCCGUUUCGAAGCCCAUUUGUGGGACAAGAACACUUGGAACCCAACACAGAGGAAGAAAGGGAAACAGGUCUACUUAGGAGCAUAUGAUGAGGAGGAGGCCGCUGCAAUGGCUUAUGACCUUGCUGCCCUAAAGUACUGGGGACCAACCACCUACACAAAUUUUCCGGUCAUGAACUACGAGAAGGAACUGAAGAUAAUGGAAACACUCACAAAGGAAGAAUAUCUAGCUUCAUUGAGGAGAAAGAGCAGUGGUUUCUCAAGAGGUGUUUCUAAGUACAGAGGGGUUGCAAGGCAUCAUCAUAAUGGAAGAUGGGAAGCAAGAAUAGGGAGGGUCUUUGGGAACAAGUACCUCUACCUUGGGACUUACAGUGAGUAUAUUAGUGAAGUUUCAAUACUUCCUACCCAACAAUUAUAUACAAAACUCACAGUGCUUAUCAGUUUUGUAAAAAGAUUAAUCAGCACUUCAUAACUCAGGAACCUAACCCAAUCACGUUUGAAAACUUUGCUACAGGCACAGAGCAAGAGGCUGCACGUGCCUAUGACAUUGCCGCAAUAGAGUAUAGAGGCAUAAAUGCAGUUACCAAUUUUGACCUCAGAUCAUACAUCACAUGGCUAAAGCCAAGCGUGUCGGACUCUUCAAAUGUUGCAGGCCUUG